AUGAACCAUCCCAACAUUUCUGAAGGCUUCAUUGUUUUGCAUGAAUCCGCUGUAGAUACCUUAGAAGAGCCUCGGAUAUAUGAAAGGAACUUUCGACAGGACGUCGAGUUCUCUAUAUUUUCUUUCUAUCGUCCCGUAACAUCAAUUUUGUGUCUGUUUACACAUACCAACAUCAUGUCUGAUCCUCGUUUGCGGUCUUCGACUCGUAAACAACAAUCGAGCAACGACAACAAGAGACCCGCCAAUGAGAAAAUCACUACGGAAAUGGCUGUCAAACAGCCUGGAAAAGCAAUUCGAAAAUUACUGCAUUGGGACGAGCUUCCGCCCUGGCUACAGGAUAACCACUACAUCCAUCACGGCUAUCGGCCAGCGUCUUCCUCGUUCGUUGUAUCAUUCCAAUCAUUAGCAUACCUUCACAACGAAACUGUGAAUAUAUACACGCAUCUCUUACCUGCAUUGGUAGCCUUACCAGCGGGUAUCCGCUUGUAUCAAGUGCUAGCGCCUCGCUACCAAUCGGCGACUCAGGGUGAUAUAUCCGCCUUUGCCUGUUUCUUUGUCGGUGCCACCUUUUGUUUGGGAAUGUCUGCAACUUAUCACACUAUCUGUAAUCAUUCACCAUCCGUGGCUCGUAUUGGCAAUGCCUUGGAUUACGUGGGUAUCGUCGGCCUUAUUACCGGCAGUUUCAUCCCCAGUGUCUAUUACGGCUUCUAUUGUACACCCAGGUUACAGUCAUCCUACUGGACCAUGAUUUGCACAAUAGGCAUUGGGUGCAUAAUUGUGUGUCUGACGCCUAAAUUCCGGACCCCAGAUUGGCGCCCUUUUCGAGCCAUGAUGUUCGUCUCGAUGGGGUUGUCUGCUAUUUUCCCGGUUGUUCACGGUCUGUGGUUGUACGGCCCGAAGCAGAUGACAGAUCAGAUCGGCCUCUAUUGGUUGCUUCUUCAAGGUUUUCUGUAUAUCCUUGGUGCCACCAUUUACGCAGCUCGCGUGCCAGAGAGACUGCUACCAGGCCGGUUUAAUAUAUUCGGCCACUCCCAUCAGAUAUUCCAUGUUCUCGUGGUGUGCGCUGCAGUUUCGCAUCUGACAGGUCUCCUUCAAGCGUUUGACUACAGGCAUAGCGGCUUGGCCGAGCUAUGUUUUUAA